AUGUAUGAAGUCAAUGAAUCAAAGGAAAAAGUAUGGAAUCAAGAAUACUUUGCUUUGACAUUUCCCAAGACACCUCAGCCUGGUAUGAAAAAAAGAUCAAAACCUUCAGAAUUAAAAAGAACAGUUCCUAAGAAUAAAUCAAACAAGUCCAAAGGUGAAAAGCAAGCUACUUUGAAGAAGUAUUUCAAAAAAAUUACAAGCCUUCAUGAACCAACUAUCAAAUCUAAAAUUGCAGUAAAUGAUGAUAAACCAAAAAUUGUGAAUGAAUCGGAUAAAACACUAGCAGUUUUAUCACUUGAAGUUGAACUAUCUAAUAACUCAAAGUCCAAAUUAGAAACAAAUUCAGAAUCCAAAUACAUGGAUUUAGUCUCAAUGAAGGAUAUCCAAAAACCUGGGCAGAAUUCAAUAGGAUCUAACGAAAUGAAUACUGAAUUCAUAUUUACAAAAGACUCUAAGACUGAUGCCAACUCAGAAAAUUGCUCAACAUGUUUUAGAAUUAAUUUGUUACCUUAUGAGUAUUACUGUGCUCAGUCCAUGACAGCUGACUUAUCUUUAAUGAAUUACUCACAGAAUAAUUCAAAAAAACGUCCAAAGAAAGAUGCUAAGGAAGUUGAUAAAAACAGUUCUGAUGAUGAAUCUUCAUCUUCAAGUGAUGGCAAAAAAGAUACAAAGAAAGAAAAAAAUCUAGCCAAGAAAGAUAACAAGAAGAAGGAUGCAAAGAAGUCUACUGUGUCUAGUGAUGCUGAAUCUGUAGAUUCAAAGGAUGCAAAGAAAGAGAGAAAGAAAGAAAAGAAACCUGACAAGAAAGGUAAGAAGGAAGCAAAGGACAUUGGAUCUACUGAUGCUGAAUCUGUAGAUUCAAAGGAUGCAAAGAAAGAGAGAAAGAAAGAAAAGAAACCUGACAAGAAAGAUAACAAGAAGGAAGCAAAGGACAUUGGAUCUACUGAUGCUGAAUCUGUAGAUUCAAAGGAUGCAAAGAAAGAGAGAAAGAAAGAAAAGAAACCUGACAAGAAAGAUAACAAGAAGGAAGCAAAGGACAUUGGAUCUACUGAUGCUGAAUCUGUAGAUUCAAAGGAUGCAAAGAAAGAGAGAAAGAAAGAAAAGAAACCUGACAAGAAAGAUAACAAGAAGGAAGCAAAGGACAUUGGAUCUACUGAUGCUGAAUCUUUUUCUGAAUUAGAAGAAAAGAAAGAUAAAAAAGAUUUAAGGGUUAAGAAAGACCCAAAGCAAGAUGAGGAGGAAAUAGAUAUCAAGACGGAUCCUGCAUCUACUGAUGCUGAUUCUGAAUCUGAAUCGAAGUCUGAUAUGGUCAAAAGUUCAGAAACUGAAUCUGAAUCAGAAACUGAAUCUGAAUCAGAAACUGAAUCUGAAUCAGAAACCAAAUCUGAAUCAGAAACUGAAUCUGAAGAUUCUCUAGAUAUACCUCCUUCUAAAAAACGAGUUGAACCAGUCACAUCUAUAGACUCAAAGGAGGAAGUACCAGAACUAAAAAAAGAACGCAAAAAGUUACCCAAAAGGGUGACAUUUGACAAAGAAGCAAAAACUAGUUCAUUUAAAGCAAGACCACGACUUUCUUGUGAGUCUCCCCUGACAUCACCUAAGGUCAAACCUCGCUGUAAGCCGCUGCUUCCUAUUCUCAAACCAAGAUAUGCUCCUUUGCUGCUCCUCACGCUGGUGAAAGCUUCUGACUCCCACAACAGGAAAGAGAUUGGUAUUGGGAUGGAAGCUGGAAGUUCACCAUUCUUUUCUCCAAAUACGCCCCACUUGUGCAGGGCAGGUGAUGAGAGAAAGCCUCGGAGUCCAAAUGAAAGGAGAGGGAAGGCAUUUGGGGGCAGCCCAAGCCCCACAGCUCCCCAUAAGCUUGGCAAAAAAAGCCUUAAGCAUGGAGCCUUGCUGCUCCCCAUGCUGGUGAAUGCUUCUGGCACACAGAACAAAAUAAUUCGGUAUUGGGCUGGAAGAAGAAGAAAAUUCACUAGUCUCCUCCCCAAAUGUGACCCUCGUGUGCAAUUUGGGAGUUGGAACUCUUCUGGCUCCCAGAACAGGAAAGAGAUCGGUAUUCGGCUGGAGCUGGAAGUUCACCAGUCUCCUUUCCAAAUCCUUCCCAAUUGUGUAGAUUGGAAGUAG